AUGGAAAAGUUAUUUAAAGAACUUAAAGCUGAAGAUAUUUGUGAGACUAAUGUUGUGCCUAUUCAACCUAAAAAAGAUACUGCUGUUAUAUUGCCUACUGUAUCUGUAUCUAUACCAAAGAGAUCAGCAUCACCAAUAUUUUCUCAGAAUAUUCUUGAAUGGACACAAACACAAGUACAAGAUUGGUUAUUAGAACAUAAUCUUGUUCAAAUGUCUCGUCUUCUUAUGAAUUAUGAUGGUCGAAGUUUAAUUUAUCUACACAGAUAUAUAAAAUAUGGUCGACCGGAACAAGUUUUAAACAUGCUUCAAGAAGAUUCAAUUCGACGAACAAAUCAAUGUUUAUCAUUAGUAGAAUUAUCAUAUUUUCAUUCAUUAUUGGAUAAACAAAAACGACUCUUGCAAUUAACUAUUUUUAGCCAACAAACAAGGAAGAAUACGAACAAUGACAAAAACGAUUCUUAG